AUGAAAUAGCAAUCAAUUUCAACUAAUACAACUCUGGGUUCUUAAUUUUUUAAGGUGUAUUUUAAAAUUCAUUACCACACUCAACCUGGUAAAGCAAUAUACAUAGUUGGAGACAAUAAAUAGUUUGGAAGUUGGAAUCCAAUAAAAGGAAUGCGCUUAUAAUGGAAUGAAGUAAGAAAUACUUAGAUAUAUACGAUAAGAAUGAUGAGUGGACAAUCUGCAUUAAAGUUGAUCGAUCUUAAUAUUAGAAAAUUGAAUAUAAGUUUAUAGUGAAUAACUUCGAUCAUCCGACCUUGUAGGAUCCGAUUUGGGAACCGGGGGAAAAUAGAGUUAUCACCACUCAUAUGAUUUAAAAUGAGACUAAAUCAGAAUAUUUUAAUUGUAUUUAAUAAAUAAAUUAUUAAAGGUGAAUAUUGGGGCUAUAGAACAAUCAAAUUGAAAUUAAAUUACAAUUUAGCUUAAAAAUAAAGAAUGAUGGUAAUUGGCUCUAUAGAGUAAUUAGGUCAAUGGAGUCAUCCUGUAUUAAUGAAAUCUUAACAAAAGAUAGAUAUAUGUAGUUUUCAUUCUUAUUUAAAGUGAAUGACGAACCAGUUUAGUAAUGGUCUAUUUCCUUUAUUGUGGAUCCUAUGAAUUUUUCAUUUAGAUACUUUUAUGUAAUUAGAAAUGAUGAGAAUGGAUCCAUGAUAUGGGAGAGAGGUAAUGGACGAUAUCUGAAAUCAAGUGAUUUAAGAUCAUUUAGAUAAGUUCAAACUGUGUAUGCUAAAUCUCCUAUCAAAAUUAAAACUUAGCUAUUGGCAGCAUGUUAAAAUUAUAGAUUAUAAAAAUUAAAAAAUGGGUCAUUCUGUUCUGAUAAGCAACUAAAGAUUAACAAAGAAACUAGCAUAGGUUAUUCUUUCUCAGAUAAGGAACCUUCUUUCUUUUAUUAUGAGUCUUUUGGAAGACUUAAUAAAUUGGAUUGGAAUUUUGUAGUCUAAUUUGCUAUCACACAGAUCAAUGAAAAUAUUAUUAUUGGGCCUUAUCCUCAGAAUGAAUAGGAUAUACUAGUGUUAAAAUCUCAAGGAAUUAAGGCUGUCUUAAAUCUACAGACAAGAUUAGAUAUUUAUCAUAGAGGAGUAGAUUGGGAUGAAAUACAAAAUAGCUAUAAAAAAAAUGAUAUUAUUAUGAGGAAUUUUGAAAUAUUUGAUAUGGAUCCAAUAGAUUUUGAAAGAAAAGCAUUCAAAGCUGUGUAGUUACUGAAAAAAUUAAUCAACAACUAUGAAUUUGUUUACGUACAUUGUACAUCAGGAAUUGGAAGAGCUCCCUCCCUUGUGGUAUUAUAUUUAUCAACAGUAUUAUAAAUUCCAUUGAAUGAAGCAAUUUCAUUUGUUAAAAGUAAACGAGAGCACUUCUAUAUCAAUCUUAGUAAUAAAAUAUUCACUUAUCAUAGAUAUGUUGAAAAAAUCAUUAUAAAAAACUGAAAUGUUUAACAAUGGUGAAGGAUAUGAAGAAAUCUCAGUAUUCAAUUAAUAUUAAAUUGGAAGCCAACAAAAAAUUUAUGAAUAGAAAUUUGAUUAUAAUUUACUUUAUUGA